GGUAUUCCCCCCCUUCCACGUUGCCACCGUCGUGUUAGAAUACCGAACCGGCCGCUCGACUUUGCUGUGCAGCAGAACCUGCUCCCUCUGUUCUACCUGUUCCUCGGUCCAGAAGUGUCCUCAUCACCGCUGGUUUCUCCAGCCUUCUUCUCUUCUCAGAGUCGGCAUCUUCAGUGUGGACACCUGGCUGUCUGCAGUCUCUGGUCAUCUCCUGUACUAUGUCUGCAGUCUCUGGUCAUCCACUGUACUAUGUGCGCAGUCUCUGGUCAUCUCUUGUACUCUGUCCGCAGUCUCUGGUCAACUCCUGUACUAUGUCUGCAGUCUCUGGUUAUCUCCUGUACUAUAUGUGCAGUCUCUGGUCAUCUCCUGUACUAUGUGCGCAGUCUCUGGUCAUCUCCUGUACUAUGUGCGCAGUCUCUGGUCAUCUCCUGUACUAUGUGCGCAGUCUCUGGUCAUCUCCUGUACUAUGUCCGCAGUCUCUGGUCAUCUCCUGUACUAUGUCCGCAGUCUCUAGGUCAACUCCUGUACUAUGACUGCAGUCUCUGGUCAUCUCCUGUGGUAUGUCCGCAGUCUCUGGUCAUCUCC